AUGUUGACUCUGGAGGACAAUCCCAUAGAAAUAUACAACAACUCCACUGUCAAGCAAAUCGCAUUCAAUCAAAGCGCAAAGUCAGCUCUCAUUAGUAUCUCGACCCCCGAUGACAGUAAUGUCGAAAUAGAAGCCGAGUAUAUCUUCUCAUCGCUUCCAGCGAAUAGUUUGGCCAAAGUGUUGCCCAAUGAAUACAGCGAUUUAUCCGAUGUCUUAAAUGAAAUAAAGACAGUAAAUAUGGCUGUCGUUAAUCUGGAAUUUGAUGGCAAAUUAAUGGCCGCCGAUUCCGGGUUCGGGUUUUUAGUGCCCUCGUGUGAAGACUCGAAAAUAUUGGGAAUUAUUUAUGAUUCUUGUGUUACACCAGAAUUCAAUGCCGGACAAGAUAUCACAAGACUUACGGUAAUGAUUGGCGGCGAAUGGUUUGAAGAGGUUUUGGGUGAUGUGGACACUGUUGACGAGCAAAAGCCAUUGGAUAUUGCCUUAGAAGCGGUGGCGAAGUAUCUCAAAAUAAAC